AUGUCACACCGUGGAGGAGGUGGACGUGGAAGGGAUAAUUUUAACUGGAGUAAACCAUCAAAUAAGGCGUUUAGACCGCGAGGCUUACGCGGAAGAGAUAUUGGUCUUUACUACAGAGAUCAGCACAUAAGGGGAAAAAAGCUCCCUAAAGGAGAUAUUAUAAUACACCUAACUAUUCCACCAGCCAUAAUCACAAUACUAGAAAAUAACAUAGAAUCAAUAAAGAAAUUGGCAGAGAUAUCCAAAAUAUCAAUUCCUAGGUUUUCAGGAUUAAAUUUGGCUAAAAGAGAGAAUCCAACACUGGAAAAUGACUUUUCAUCUGAUGUGGCUUCUUCUGUUAUUACUAAAAAAAAGAAUGCUGUACCUAAAGGAAAGCUUAAAAAUAUACAUCUUAUGAGUAGUCCAAGUACUUCAGCUAAUUCCUAUCUCGGAGAAGAUGAAUAUGCCAAAGUAAAGAUUGAGAAUGAAAGUAACCAAAUGUUUUCUGAUCAUGAUGCAACUCCCAUGGAAACAAUUGAAAAUGUCCAAACUGCACAGAUGGAUCUUGCAGUGAAGGAAGAGGAUGCAUCAGAUCAAAGGCAGUUAUCAUUAAGAGGUGCUGGUGACUUCAAAUAUGGCUAUGAAGAUAUUAUCACUGGAACAUUUGAUGAAAAACUCGAUGAAUGUCUCGCUAAAGGGGUCUCAAUCACAAAAAACAGCACAGAUGCUAACAAUCUAAGUAUUGUAUUGUAUGAAGAUUAUAAAAAUAUGUUAAAUAUGAAGGACUAUAAAAAGUUUAAACAGUUCCGUGAAACUCUUCCAACUUAUAAAAAAUCAACAGAAUUAUUAGAAGUCAUUAAUAGUAAUCAAGUUAUAGUCAUUAGCGGUGAAACAGGGUGUGGCAAAUCUACACAGGUGCCACAAUUAAUUUUAGAUGAGGCUAUCAACAAUAAAAAGGGUGCUUAUGUGAAGAUCUUAGUUACUCAACCGAGGCGCAUAGCAGCUUCUUCCUUGGCUAUGAGAGUAGCUCAAGAGCGAUCGGAAUCUAUGGGUGCUUCUGUAGGAUAUGCAGUUAGAUUAGAAAAAGUGGAUGCAAGAGCUCGUGGUAGUAUAAUGUUUUUUACCACAGGAAUACUACUAGCUACUUUAGAAGUGGACCAGGGCUUAACAAACUAUACUCAUGUCAUACUUGAUGAGGUACAUGAGAGAGACUGUGAUAUUGAUCUGGCCAUGUUUAUGUUAAAAAAGGUCCUUCAAAAACGCAAAGACUUAAAACUAAUCCUGAUGAGCGCUACUAUCGAUGCGGAUACCCUAUCUUUUUACUUCAACAAUUGUCCCAUGAUUCACAUAGAGGGAUUAGCAUACCCAGUUAAAGAUAUUUAUUUGGAAGAUGUUCUAGAAAUGACUAAAUUUAAGUUGCCUUUUGUGGACAACAAAGUCCAGAAAAAUGUAAAGCCUUGGCAUAGAAAUAAAAAGAAAAAGUUGGCUAACGAAAUGGAGAAGGAGAUACAAUAUCGUGCAGAAAUCAGUCCUUGGUUGCAGUCAAUCAAGAGAAAAAUAAAUCACGAAGUCUACCAAACGUUACAAGAUUAUAGAAUUGAAGCGUUGAAUAUUGAUUUAAUACAUGACCUUUUAGUACACAUUUGUAAAGGGCCACCAGGAGCUAUUCUCGUUUUUCUACCAGGCAUUGUUGAUAUCACUAAGCUCUUGAAGGCUAUGUCGGAAAGAAAAUGUUUCCCGAACUCAAAUUACGAGAUUUAUCCUUUGCAUUCAAAGCUACCUUCACUACAACAACAUAAAAUAUUCGAAAGACCGCCGGCCAAUGUGAGGAAGAUAAUUGUCGCAACGAAUAUUGCAGAAACGUCUAUAACUAUUGACGAUAUUGUGUAUGUCAUUGAUAGUGGGAAAAUGAAAUAUAGUGGUCUGAAUGUUGAGGAGAAUAUUUCCACCUUAGAGACUUCGUGGAUUUCUCAAGCGAAUUUACGGCAAAGGCGUGGUCGUGCCGGUCGAUGUCAGCCAGGCAUCUGCUAUCACCUUUUGACGUCAUACCGAGCUAGAACACUUGAUGAUCGCCUUCUUCCCGGCAUUCAAAGAGACCCAUUACUAGAGCCGGUGUUAGCUAUAAAACGCCUGCGAUUAGGGAUUGCAGAUGAAGCGUUAAAAAUGAUGCCAGCGCCCCCUGCGGACAGAACUGUACAAUCAGCGAUCAAACAUUUACAACAGUGCGGUGCGCUAGACUAUGCAGAAAAGUUAACUCCUCUCGGGUGGCAUUUAGCACGAUUACCAGUGCAUCCGGCAGCCGGUAAAUUGUUGCUACUGGGGGCAUUGUUUGGCUGUCUCAACCGAGCCGCCAGCGUAGCCGCCGUAUGGGGUUUUAAAGAUCCAUUCCAGCUUGUCAUUGGAAAAGAAGAAGAAGUUGAUGAAGCCAAAAAAAUGUUCUCACUGGGAGCAGGGAGUGACCACAUUGCAAUAUCAGAAGCAAUUAUGCAAUGGGAAAGUCUACCCUCGUCGUACCAGAAACGUGAUUUUGCAUACGAUAACUUUAUGGCCAAUAAUACUCUAGAACUAUUAUUUGACAUGAAGACUCAGUUUGGUGACAAUUUGAAACAAAUGGGUUUUUUAGCAUCUGGAGAUAUAUUAUCUUCGUGGGAAAACCGGAACACGGAUAAUUUAAGCCUAUUUAAAGCUAUAGUUGCAGCAUCACUUUACCCUAAUAUAGCUACAGCUAAAUGGGUAAAUUUAAAUGCCCGCAACCCUAACAAAGUGGUUAGAGUAAAGGCAAAGACACCCGAAGAUGGUUUUAUAUACAUUCAUCCAAGCAGUGUAAUGGCUGUUAAAAAACCAAGGCGGGGUCAUUUACCGAUUUCACCGUGCAUGAAUCCUGGAGCCAGCUGGUUAGUGUACUGGCGCAAACAACGCUCGACUGAACUAUAUUUACACGAAGUAACACUGGUACACACUUUGCCAUUGCUUUUCUUUGGAGAACUGACUGUGACAGAAGCUGAAAACCCGGAUGAAUGUUAUAUCUCGAUAACAUCAGUUAAAGUAUGCUGCAAGAUUCGCACCACGGAGCUACUAUUUCAGAUGCGGGGAUUAUUAGAUCAAGUCUUAGCAUCAAAAAUCGGCGUAUCUAGUACACAUGCGACAUUACAAAACCCAUUUGAAGAACAAGUUUUGGAUGCCGUGAUACAGUUGAUAACAGCCGAGGAGGAGCGUGCUGAUUACCUCAAUGACGACGACGAUCCUUCAGAAUCAGAUAAUUCUGAGAUCGAAUCAUAUACGUCUGGGCGGCGAUAA